CCGGGCGGUGCUGGCGGCGGCAGGAGGAGGAGGAGGAGGAAGAUGGUGGCUGCGGGAGGAGCGGCCGGCUGCUGGGCUUUCCGCCCUGCGCUGCAUCGCCGCCCCCGCCGGAGCCGCCCUGCCUGCUGAAGAGGCGGCGCGGACCCGUACCAGCUGUGAUAGACAAAAUGUCAGCAGAAUAAGUGACCUACUCUCCAAAACUUGCCAUGAACCAUUUGGUUGGACCACCUGAGGGGGAGAUCAGUGAAGAGCCAGCAAACAGAGCCGUGAGUGAGUCAGUGGAAGCUGACCUGGAGCACUCAGAGGUGGAAGAGGAGCAGAGGUAUGCGGUUCGCUACCCAAGGCACACCAGCAGCAGCCACGUGGGCCUGUCUGGGCAGGAGGAGGAAGGCAUGUUAGCUCGGUCAGCCAGCACUGAGAGUGGUUUCCACAAUCACACAGAUACUGCAGAAGGAGAUGUGAUAGCCACAGUGGAGGAUAGUUAUGAUGUUGAGAGAUUGCAGGAAAAUGAGGAUGAGAGUGCAUAUGCAGUGCAGUACAGGCCUGAGUCUGAGGAGUACACAGAGAAUGCCGAGGCUGAGCAUGGCGAGGCCAUUCAUAACCGAACAUUGCCCAAUCACUUACAUUUCCAUUCCAUUGAGCAUGAGGAAGCCAUGAAUGCAGCCUACUCAGGUUAUGUCUACACACAUCGCCUCUUCCAUCGAGGAGAGGAUGAACAGUAUGCAGAGGCUUACGCUGACUAUGGGCUGCAGGAGCAUGUGUAUGAGGAAAUAGGAGACACACCAGAUCUUGAUGUUAGGGAGGGCAUCCAGCAAUAUGAGCGGGAGAGGGAGGAAGCUGACAAUUACCGCAAGGAGGCACUUGGUGCCCGCCUUCACCAUUAUGAUGAACGGUCUGAUGGAGAGUCUGACAGCCCUGAAAAGGAAGCAGAGUUUGCACCCUACCCAAGAAUGGAUAGUUACGAACAAGAGGAGGACAUAGAUCAGAUUGUAGCAGAGGUGAAGCAGAGCAUGAGCUCCCAGAGCUUAGAUAAGGCAGCUGAAGACAUGCCAGAGUCAGAGCAGAGUCUGGAGCAUAGCCAGGCUCUUGUCAGCGGUGGGCAUGAAAGUAAUGGCCAGCUAACAUCUGGUUCUCGAGUUACAUCUGGCUCGGGAGAAUCUGUACAACGGUACAGCAAGGAAAAAAGAGAUGCAAUUUCACUGGCCAUCAAGGAUAUUAAAGAAGCUAUUGAGGAAGUGAAGACAAGGACCAUCCGUUCUCCUUAUACCCCUGAUGAACCUAAGGAGCCUAUCUGGGUGAUGCGGCAGGACAUCAGUCCAUCCAGGGAUUCUGAUGACCAGAGGCCACUAGAUGGGGAUUCUCCAUCUCCAGAUUCCUCUUCACCUCGCGGUGCUGAAUCAUCAAACAGACAACAUCACCAGGAUGCCUGCAGUACAGCAGAGGUUUCCACUAAUAAAGAGUCCAGAAAAAGCUUGGCUUCAUUUCCAACGUAUGUUGAAGUUCCUGGACCUUGCGAUCCUGAAGACUUAAUUGAUGGAAUCAUUUUUGCUGCCAAUUACCUUGGUUCAACUCAACUCCUUUCUGAUAAAACUCCAUCCAAGAAUGUGAGGAUGAUGCAGGCUCAGGAAGCUGUCAGCAGGAUCAAGAUGGCCCAGAAAUUAGCCAAAAGCAGGAAGAAGGCUCCAGAAGGUGAAUCUCAACCCAUGACUGAAGUGGACCUCUUCAUUUCUACACAGAGAAUAAAAGUACUGAAUGCAGACACACAGGAGACCAUGAUGGAUCAUCCCCUGCGGACCAUUUCUUACAUUGCUGAUAUAGGAAAUAUAGUUGUUUUGAUGGCUCGUAGACGAAUGCCACGCUCUAACUCCCAGGAUAAUGUGGAAGCAUCUCACCCCUCUCAAGAUGGAAAGAGGCAGUACAAAAUGAUUUGCCAUGUCUUUGAGUCUGAGGAUGCGCAGCUGAUUGCACAAUCCAUAGGUCAAGCAUUUAGUGUGGCCUACCAAGAAUUUCUGAGAGCAAAUGGAAUCAACCCAGAAGAUCUUAGCCAGAAGGAAUAUAGCGACUUGCUUAAUACCCAGGACAUGUACAAUGAUGAUCUGAUUCACUUCUCCAAAUCUGAAAAUUGCAAAGAUGUUUACAUUGAAAAGCAGAAGGGAGAAAUUCUAGGCGUGGUGAUUGUGGAGUCUGGCUGGGGAUCCAUUUUGCCUACAGUUAUCAUAGCCAACAUGAUGCAUGGAGGACCAGCAGAGAAGUCUGGGAAGCUGAAUAUAGGGGACCAGAUCAUGUCAAUCAAUGGGACCAGCUUGGUUGGUUUACCACUCUCAACAUGUCAGAGCAUUAUAAAGGGUUUGAAAAACCAGGCCCGGGUUAAACUGAACAUAGUUAGAUGCCCUCCAGUAACCACAGUCUUGAUCAGAAGACCAGACCUCAGAUAUCAGUUGGGCUUCAGUGUGCAGAAUGGGAUCAUCUGUAGCCUUAUGAGAGGAGGCAUAGCAGAGCGAGGAGGUGUGCGUGUUGGCCAUCGGAUCAUUGAAAUCAAUGGGCAGAGCGUUGUAGCAACACCCCAUGAGAAGAUUGUUCACAUCCUCUCAAAUGCUGUUGGUGAGAUCCAUAUGAAGACUAUGCCAGCUGCCAUGUACAGACUGUUGACUGCACAAGAGCAACCAGUUUACAUCUGAAGCUGACACCUCACCACCACAGUGUGCAUGGAAGAUGUUUUUCCUCAUUAGUGCUUGUGUCUGUAGUGGUGCAUUUCUGUGUCUGCAAAGACAUUUCUUUCUCUCUCUCCCCCCCAUCACAGAUACAAAUACACUGUUGCUCUCUCCUUCAUCCCUUUUUCCUCUUCUUCCCCCCAUUUUCCUGCAUUUUGUUAAGGCGCAAAACGUAUCUGUGGAACUAUUUUGGUUGUGUCUUUUUACAAGUGAAACUUCAUACAGUUCCACAUGCAAAACAGGAAAAUAACAGCAGCACAGUUUACAGCAGUAUUCACAGAUGGCUCUGUUUCAUGCUACAUAAUCAGGUUUAUUUCUGUGGUUGUAAUUUUACAAACUGAGUAAAUUAAAUGUUGCUGAAUGAAAA